AAGUUGACGCUGAGCAAAUUCAUCAAACAGACACAGUGGCAGUCGCAGAUCUCACAACUCUCAAAGAGCAGCCCAACGUACGUCACCCCCGUACAAAGCAUUGUUGCCAUGCCGAGUCUAGUCGCAUCACCACCAAGGGAGCAGCAGCAACUCACCAUGGACACUAAUAACAAGAAGAGAAGAGGAAACCUGAAGUCUCGGCUGCAGUGUAGAUCAUCUCAAGUCGAGAACACUGAGGGGCUUUGUUUCGAGGAGAUGUCCCAGUGGUCCCAUUCACUAGAGAGACUUCUAUCAUCCAAAUAUGGCAUAAAGAUAUUCCAUGCCUUCUUGAAGUCAGAGUUUAGUGAUGAAAACAUUGAAUUUUGGCUGGUCUGUGAGGACUUUAAGAAGAUCAAGUCUUCCUUCAGGAUGUCCUCCAGGGCCAAAAAGAUCUUUAAACGCUACAUUCAAGCUGAGGCUCCGAGAGAGAUCAACAUUGAUCACAAGACCAGAGAGCUGAUCAGGCGGAACAUGAAGACGACCACCACAGAGUGUUUUGAUGAUGCCCGGAGGAUCGUCUACGGGCUAAUGGAGAGGGACUCUUACCCACGAUUCCUCAGGUCUGACAUCUAUCUGGCUCUACUGGACUCUACGUCAGAAUCGGCGAAGAUGUAAAUAAAACAGAUACCUGAGAGAUUGCGUUUUUUUAGAACCUGCACUGUGAAGCAGAGCCCAAUGCUGGACUACCUGAGAGAAGCUGUGGUGUAUGUGUUUGCUUGUCCUGGGAGCACUGGUGGGGAUUCUUUAAGCACCUAUUUUCAACACAUUCAUGCCUUCCUUCUGAGUUGGAGAAGACAUGCUUUGGAGUUGGCCACAGCCACAUAUGACAGUUUUAGUGAAGAGAAGUCAGCUCUGUCCUAAAAAAGCUGAAGAGAGUUUGUUUACAAACAGCUGGUAUAAUGGAAAAGGAUGGGUUGAGGCCAAAAAUGGCUACAGUUGUACAUUAGCAAAUGCUGUGAUAGCCACUGUAAAGCAAAAAAUUUCCCAGAGAUGCGACAAUUAUGUAUUGAAAAUGCUAGGGACUUUCUGUGUGAGGCGCCAGGAAGUGUAUGUGGUACAUGCAACACCCUCCACCCAAGAUGCAAGUGCAUGAGCGGGUAUCUACAUUUGCACACCAUCUUAAGUUCAUUGUUGUCUCACAAAAGCAAUAGAUGCUAUCUAGAUGUGUAAUUUUAUGCACAGUGUGAUGCAUACAAACCUUUUACAUUCUGACGUCAGUGCUAUCACACUGACAUAACUCAUAUGUUACAAUUAUAAUAAUUUUUAAUAAGCUAUGUGUUUUGUUGUUUUCCACAGUUUGUGAAAAUGUAAAUAUUAAGGUAGAAUUGUACAUAAUA